GUACAUUCAUAUGGUCGAACUCGUCUACCGAGAUUUAUUACACAGAGAUGCUUACAGCGCAGGUACCUUUGAUUCUUCUGUACUGGAGCUAAUUAGGCAAAUUCUAAGGGAUCUUGAACUGAUGCAGUCGCAAAGCUCUCUAGUAAUAUCGCCAACAGGACUCGCCGCGUCUAUGCCGGGGUCACUUGGUGGUCGACCACAUUUUGAUAUACAGAAGGACCAGUUGUCAUCGUUAAUAGACUCUGGUUUUACUGUUGUUCAGAUAUCCGAAAUAAUCGGUGUUUCUCGGCGUACCAUAUUUCGACGUAUGUCAGAUUUUGAGCUGUCAAUCAGAAGCACUUAUUCAGAUCUUACUGACACGGAAUUAGACUACAUCAUAAAACAAAUACAAGUGGAAUUUCCAGCUUGUGGAAACAAACAAAUGAUGGGCCACCUUUUAUCACGAGGAAUCAGAAUUCAACAGGCCAGAGUUCGUGAAUCCAUGUAUAGAGUUGAUCCUGAGGGAUGUAUUGAUAGGCGGAUUGGACUAAUGAAACGUCGCAAGUAUAAAGUUCCAGGACCUCGAUACUUGUAUCACAUUGAUGGAAACCACAAACUUGUAAGGUGGCGCUUUGUCAUUCAUGGCUGUAUUGAUGGUUACAGUAGAAAAAUAAUAUACCUGAACUGUGCUAAUAAUAAUCGAUCAGAUACAGUCUUGCAGUUAUUUAUUAAUGGAGUCAGAGAAAAUGGGUUACCACUUCGUGUAAGAGGAGAUCGUGGUGGUGAAAACGUAGGAGUUGCACAGUUUAUGUUGGAGCACCCACUGAGAAUAGGAAAAUCUAGUUUUAUAGCUGGAAAAAGCGUUCAUAACCAGCGUAUAGAAAGGCUAUGGCGUGAUGUAUUCCAGCAGUGCACUGUUCUGUACUAUAGAUUGUUUUAUUAUAUGGAAGAUAUGGGCCUGCUGAAUGUUGAUGAUGAGUUUCAUUUGUAUUGUCUCCAUUACGUGUUUCUUAACAGGAUUAAUUCAAGUUUACAGAAGUUUUGCUCUGCAUGGAAUAAUCACCCACUUUCUUCUGAAGGUUGUUUAAAUCCAUUGCAGUUGUGGACAGCAGGGUUGUUAAAAGAUAAUUCAUCAUUGCUUUUUGAGGAUGAUAAUCUUUAUGGAAUAGAUUGGAAUGGCCCUAUACCUCUGGAAGAUGAUUACGAUAGGUUAUUUGUACCUCGUAUUGAGUGUGAUAUUCCUUAUGGUGUUCUGAGAGAGUUGCCCUCAUUUGUACCACCAUUAAGUCAUAGUGAAAAUUAUGGCAUUGACCUAUAUUGUUCUGCUUUAGAUUACAUUAACACUCAUACAUAGAUACAAUGUUUUUUUUACUACUUGUGUGUGCUGUUGUGAUUUUUGUCAUAAUUAUUUUGUGCAUUAAAUGUUACCUGUUAGCUAUA